UUUGUGGUUGUGAGGGCACUGCAUCAAAUCCAAUCUAGUUAAACACCUUUGAGCACACACUUUGGCAACAUGUUUGGCACCAUUUUGAAACUGUUGACACUCUGCGCCCUGGCGCAUUCUAUUAACGCCCACACACUGAAGCAGGAUCCGCAGCGGCAGCAGGUGGCCGUCACACCUGAGCAGAAGUAUUUGAUUGUGCGCGGCGAGUCGUCAGCUACGUCCGAGGAGCAUUUGCAGUUCGAUGAUGCAGCCACGCUGCUGUUGACGGCUUUCAAGACACAGCAGCUGGAGGCUGGCCUCGACUUGGAGGAAUGCAGCAAGCCCACGCACAAGGCCACCUUCUCUGCCAUUGACUACGUCAUACUGCUGUCCAUGUUGGUCGUCUCGCUGGGCAUUGGCAUCUUCUAUGGCUUCUUCGAGACGGGCGGCAGCUCCUCGGAUGACUUCCUGCUCGGCUCCGGCAUGAGCUUGCUGCCCGUGACGCUCAGCCUAACCACGAGCUUCAUCACGGCCAUUGAGCUGCUGGGCAAUCCCUCCGAGAUGUACUUCCAGGGCACACAAUUUGUGCUGAUUGUGAUACCCAUGCUGCUGGUUAUACCCGUGGCUAUCAAGGUCUUCUAUCCGAUUUACUUCAAAAUGGAGCUGACCAGCUGCUAUGAGUAUCUGGGCAUACGCUUUGGCAAGGAGAUACGCAUCCUGGGCGCAGUGCUCUACGUUAUACAGAUGUGCUUCUACACGGCCGUGGCCGUCCUAGCUCCGGCCAUCGCUCUGUCGAAGGCAACUGGCUUGGACACCAAAAUCGCAGUUAUUCUUAUCUAUGUGGUCUGCGUCUUUUACUCCUCGAUGGGCGGCAUCAAGGCGUGCGUCAUAGCAGAUUCCUUUCAGGCUGCUGUUCUGGCCGUCUCCUUAGUGCUGAUCGUUCUCCUGGGCUCCUUUUAUAGUGGCAAUCCUGUGCAAGUCUUUCAAACUGCAGCUGAACGCAGUCGCCUGGAGUUCUUCAAUUUCGAUCCCAGUCCCACAACGCGUCACACCGUCUGGUCUGUGGUCAUUGGCGGCUUUUUCUACUGGACGUCGCUGUUCUGCACCAAUCAAGCGUCUGUGCAGAAGUGCAUGUCGCUCAAGUCCUUGAAGCUGGCCAAGAUUGCUCUGGGCUUCGCCAUCGUUGGAUUGGUUUUCGUCUUCCUGCUCAACUUCUACACGGGCCUCAUGGUCUUCACCCACUAUGCGGACUGCGAUCCACUGAGCGUGGGUCGCAUCACAGCCUCCGAUCAGCUGUUGCCUUACUAUGUGAUCAACACUUAUGAUCAUGUCUACACCAUUGCGGGCAUCUUUGUGGCCGGCAUCUUUGCGGCCAGCUUGGGCACUGUUGCCUCCGCUUUGAACUCUCUGUCAGCUGUCACCUGCGAGGAUUUGCUGAUCAAUGGCAUGAACAUUAAAAUUUCGCCCGAGAAGGGCGCUACCUAUGCCAAGUGGAUGUCCUUGGGCUAUGGCGUCGGCUCCUUUGGUCUGGUCUUCAUUGUGGAGCACCUGGGCGGUGUGCUCCAGGCCACACUGACGCUGAACGGACUCAUUGGCGGCGUUACGCUGGGUCUAUUCGUCUUGGGCAUUGCCUGCAAGCAGGCGAAUACCAAGGGCGCCUUCUAUGGCGGCCUGCUCUCACUGGCUCUGGUCAUCUUCGUGGGUGUCGUGGCGCAGAUAGCCAACGUGGAGACACCAGCGCUGCCUACAUCCGUGGAGCAUUGCGAUUGCCAUGUGAAUGUGACGGGCAUCAUUGACGACUUGCUGAGCGAGAGCUUACUGCCCCCCGCGGAUCAGGGCUUUACCUCCUGGCCCAUAUUUCGCAUGAGUUACAUGUGGUUCAGCAUGGUGGGCUGCCUGCUAACUGUCUUCCUCGGCUGGCUUAUAUCAGUCAUCAUUGAUGCAGUGCAGCGACGCAGCGUGUUGAGGCUCACAGCCAAGGGCAUUGACAAUCCCGCCAUCAGCGAGGACGUCUUCAAGUGCGACGAGCCCGUGAUCUUCACCACUAUGAAACCCAUUGAGCCGACCAGCGGCGAGGGUCAUAUUAAUUUGGCCAUUCGGCUAGACGAUGAAUACAGCCCGAAAUAGAUGUCUUUCAUAUGCAAAAUAAGAUUCCUGGUGUAAACGUAACCUCCAUGUACAAAGCUUUCCUAGUUUGCCUUAACUUAGUCGAAUGAGUGAUUCUAGUUUGUAAGCUUCCAUCUGUGGCUAAUCACGGACAGUAUUUUACUAAUUUUAAUAUCUUACUUAUGUAAUGUAUGAAUUUAUUCUAGAUAAAGUUUAAUAUAUAACGCAGUUCUUUGCGUUA